UUUACAAUUUAUAUAUAAUUUUAUAAUUUAUAUUUGUUAUUUUGUACAAUAUUUUACCAGUUUAAUGUAGAAAUUUUUUACACAUUUUCAAUAUCUUACACAUUAUCCAAACUUUCCCAAAUUUUAUCCAUAAAAUAUUCUUUUAUCAUUUUUUAAAUAAUCUUUUAAAUGGGAAUUUAGUUUUUUAUCGUAAAUUUUAACUUUUUAAACUAAUUUUAACAUUUCAAUUUUUACACAAAAUGAUCAAAUUAAUCUCAAAUAAUCUCAAAUUAAUCUUAAAAUAAUCUUAAAAUAAUCUAAAAUUAAUUAUUAAAUUGGGGGAAGGUUGGAAAAAUGAGACUGAAGAGGAUUUGUAGGAAGAUUUGUUUGUUUCUGAUUGGUUUUAACUUGUUAAUUCCGGUCCAUUUUCUCCUCAGCACAACUGACUCACUGGAUUUAACCCCGUUUAGAAGACUUUGCGGUGUGAUUGUGACGGUUUCUGGGAUCCUCGGCUCGUUUUACCUCUUGGUCAUUUCAGCCAAGUUUACUCUCACACAUUUUAACAAAUUGUUGACAAUUAUUAUUAACUCCGUAGGUCUGGUGUAUAAUGUCGUGCUAACUGUUACCUCUCACAAGGGGAAUAAUAUCGCCUUUUUCUGGCUAAUCACCAUUUAUUCUGUCAUUAUCGGACUUAACGAAUGCUUCACCAUUGUCAUCGAUCCCGUCAAUAUUCCCUUCUUCCUCAUGGGAACCACACUCUCCGCUCUUAUCUCCUCUUUCCACAGGUUCAUCCAGAUUAACUCGGUGGACACAGUGGACACACAGGGUAACAGAACCCUGUUGAUAGUUGGGUUGGUGGUCUCAGUGAUAGUGGUAAUAUUAUGUAUAUAUGGUUAUGGAGGGAGUGCGUUGUUUAGUAUAAUUGGGAUAACGAGGAUGACUGAUUUCACGUUGGAUAACUCGGACAACAAGUUAACCCAAGAGGAUGAAAAGUAUGAAAAGUAUUUAAACGACAGGAUCGUGCACAGGAUCAAGAAUCUGGAAUACGAAAUCAUUCUCAAACCUAAUCUAAUCCACGACUACACCAUCAAGAAUAUUAUCAACUCCAAGGUUAAAAAUGUUAAGGAAAGGGAAAACAAGAGCAGUUCCAUAGUAAGACAUAACACCAAUGCCUCAGAAUGUGUAGAUGACGAGGAGAUGGUUGAGAUUGAGGUUUUGGUGAGUGAGAUCCGUUAUGAGAAUAUGAUGACAGGUUUAACGAUACACCGUCACGAGGUGGGAAAAGACGUUAAACUAUCACGAAUCCAUGAUGAAUACAUUGACAUUGACGUCAACCUCUACCACUUCAAGUGCGCCGACGUGUUUAAACUUAAUAACCUACUCCUCAUCAACGUUGUCACCGUACAAUUCGAUGAUAAACACACACCGUCCUCCACCAACUCCCUCAAUCACACUCUUAUCAUCCCUGGCAAUUCUCAUUCUAACACUGGUAACACUGGUAACACUGGUAACACUGGUAACACAAUGGGUACAGGUAACACAGUGGCUUCUGGAAGAGUGUGUAGAGAAGAGAUGGGAGUGUAUGAGAUGAAUUAUUAUUUCUUUUUGGUGUAUAAUAAGAUGUAUCAGUAUAAGCCGAACAGUGAUGAGUGGGUGCACCCCGUGGAGUUACUGCUGCAACUUUCACAACUACACAUACAACCCAUACACACAUAUAUACACACCACACACAGUGACAAGGGCACAUACACCAAAUACCUCAAAUACUUACCAUUUAAACUUUUUAACCGUAAAUCUCACAGUCACACUGUGGAUACUGGGGAAAAUUCCACCAAUUCUGCUGCUACUAACACAGUUGAUAAUAAUCUCGGUAUAGAAGAGGUGAGAGAGAAGUUGGUGAUAUUAUUCUUGAAUAACAAGUUUAAGUAUGGGUUACUGGGUUCUUUGAUGGCGGUUUUGAUGAAUCUGACAACUGUGUCAACUUUGUUUAUCACGUUUCCAAUUGUUAAUUUGGCGACUGAGUUACAGCUGGAGACUGCUAACAGGCUCCAAUUUGUGCUCAGUAUCGUCGGAGUAGUUCCGAUUUUAUUCCUGCUGUUGGCAUGUUUUCUGGAGCAUUUUGAGCACAUUUCACCUCAAAUGCACUUUGACAACAUUUACAAGUACAUUUUUAUAUCUUUUAUUUUAUACUUUGGGGUUGGAAUUGGCUCGUUUUUCCUACUCCGGAACGGGAAUAACAGGGCCCAGUUAACAUACCACACGGCGUAUUUACUGAUUCUACUAGUGCUAAUGCUGUGCAGUUAUGGAAUGAACGUGGGCAUCACGCUGAUCAGUGUGAUGUUUAUCAAGUCCGCAAGAGUGGACGAACUCACCGGAAGAAGACUCGAAAAUAACAUUAAAACUAAUAUCCAAGUCAUGUCAUUCAUGAUGAUAAUGUACAAUAGUGUUAGAUUCACCUACAUUUGGAUUUAUCAAACAUAUGAUAACAGCUUCUACAACAAGUUCUACUGGAUAAUCUAA